UUGAGGUGCAUGCCCCCCCCGCCGGUUUGGCCGCUCGCCCGCUGGCUGGCUGCCAUUCCUCCUGUUCUUGCCAGCUUCUCUCCCUCUCUGUGGUUUUUCCCCCCUUUUGCUUUCCUCCUGAAUCGAAUCGAAUGGAAUCGAGACGAAUCGAAUCGAGCUGAGUCAAAUUCAAUCGAAUCGAGGAGACGAGGACGACGGACGCAUUGGCAAUAUGCAUGCAGAUAUUUGAAGCAAAUCUUUCGAAGGAAGGAAGGAAAGAAGAAAAAAAGUAAUCUCCAGGUCUCCUCCCAGCUCCAAUGGCCGCAGCGCACGCGCUGCUCUGGCGACGCCACCGGUGGACGGCCCUGCGCUCCCUGCUCCUCGUGGCUCUGCUCCACCGCCUCCAUUGCUUGGCCUUCCUCGCCGCCUCGUCCCCCGUGUGGCUGCUCGCCGCCUUCCUCCUCGGCGUCGUCCUCGUCCACAGCGAGCCCAACGUGCCGCUCGCGGCAGCGUCAGAGGAUGAGGACCGCCACCUCACCGCAACCGGAGGCAGCUCCUCCGGCGACAACGACAGCUCGGACGACGGGUCCUCGGCCACCAGCAUGGAGGACGUCGGCGAGAAAGAGGAGGAGGUCGUCAAGGCGGCCGUGGCCUGGACGGCGGACGACGAACGCAGCAUCCAGAGCAUCGGCUCGCUGGAGCUGGAGAGGGACGCCAGGCUGGAGAAGCUCAUGUCCAGGCGCAGCAUCCACCGGAACCUCAUCGACCUCGACAUCCACAUCCCCGCCGUGCUGAUCAAGAACCCCUUCGACCUCCAUCACCAUCAUCACGACGACCCCGGCUCGGCCCCUUCGGCCCUGCUCGGCCAGCACAGCAACCCCUUCGAUUUCGAUGUCCACCAAAGGGACCCGGAAAUUCUGAGACGGCACGAGAGCUUCACGGCCGGCGCCGCCCCUCCCGCCCGGCCAUCGCGCUUCAGGCCCUACUUUGUCGCCGACGUGUCGGCGGGUGGAGGCGGGGACGCCGGCAGCGACAACUCCAACUCCUCCUCGAGCCCGUCGUCCUCUGCGGCCAGCGACCAGAAGGCUCACCAACAGGCCGCGGUCAAAGUAGAAGAAGAAGAAGAAAAAGCGGCGGCGACGGCAGCGGCGGCGUCGCCCUCGCCGCCCAAGUGGGGCGGGAACGGGAUGGUGGUGGCGGUGGACGUGGAGCUCAUCAGUGACUCCUCUGACGACGACAUGUCGCUGCCGGGCGAUGAUGCCGCCGGCAGCCUGAACAACCCCCGUGAUGAGGACGAGGAGGACUCAUUCGAAGUGGAGAGCAUCACGCAGCAAGUGGCUGCAGGUGCAUGCUCUUCUUCUAGCUCUGGAUCGACUUGCUGCAGAUGCAACACGGCAACCGAUGCAAAUAAUCAAACUUAUGGAUGCGCAGGCGAGCGGCAGCAGCAGCAGCCCCGUGAUGUCAACGUGAUGCCAGGACAGGAAGAGGAGGGCGCGAGCAUCAGCGUCAGCAGCUGCAGCAAGGAGUGGGUGGCGCCCACUACGCUGGCGUCGCCGGCGGUGGAGGAGAGCGAGAAGAGGGAGAUCAGGGAGCACCACAUCAUGGGCCCUGUUCCGGUCACCGACGACGACGCCUCCACGGCCACUGCAGCAGCAGUGGUCGCAGCCGCAGCGCCACCACCGGCAGCAGCAGCAGCAGUGCCACCACCGGCAGCAGCGGCGCCAGCGCCAUCACGGGCACCAUCAGUGAAGCCGAGCAGCAAGUCCAAGGCGACCUCCAAGAAGGCUGUCUUCGGCUUCUUCCGAAAAUAAUGAAUGCUUUUCUCUUCCUUUAUUGACAAGUCUCAAGC